AAUGAGAUCGAAGUGCUUCUCUCACAAUCCUCUCCUCCGUCUACGAUAACUUAUACACGCGCGCGCAGGGUACGAGGACUUAACGCCGGCGGGCGAGAGACGAUUAAAGAGCGAGAGCGAGUGCGUUCUGGUUCCUGCGCCGCCCGCUCGUAACACUCGCUCGGCCUCGGUCCCAUCAACCCGCCCGAGCUUCGUUCGUCCAAUUCCGAUUUCGCGCUCAAACGCAAGCCCUAACCUCCCUCCGCUCCUCCUCGAGCCCCCCUCCCUCUCGCGCCCUCGAUUCCCUCCGAGCUCCUCAUUCCCCGGCGGCGAUUCUCCGGCGACCCGUUUCGGCCCUCGCGCACUAAUUGCUCUCUCUGGAUUUGGAUUUGCUCGAGGCAAGCGGCAGGUAUGUGGAUAACAACCUUGUGAAACAUUGGUUGGUCGUCAAUAAUUCAGCUUACCUUCAUCCUCUUUUAUGGGACAGUUGAGAUCUUUUCUGCUGUUAUGCUAUCCGAUAUAUAACGGCUGUUAUGAUUUGUCUUAGAGUCUCCAUCCAUGUUUUUCUCAAGUUACUACCUUCUCUCGAGAUCAACUCAAUGCUUAAAUUGGCUUAGUCUGAAAAUGGCAAAGGGUAGCAGAGGGCGCCGUAGGAUUGCUUCCCAACAAUACAGAUCGACUCCAUAUGGCUUGGCAGCUUGUAAUCGUAGAAUCUUGGAGAACUUGGGUGCCAAAAAAUCUGACAAGGCACUGAAUAAGGACUGGGAAGAUGCUAUAUGCUCUGUUUGUAUGGAGUACCCUCACAAUGCUGUUCUUCUUCUCUGUUCCUCCUACGAAAAGGGUUGCAGACCCUACAUGUGUGGUACUAGCUGCCGCUACUCAAAUUGCCUUGACCAAUACAAGAAGGCCUAUACCAAAGUUUCCUCACUUGAUCAUGCUCAGCCCUUGCAGAACUCAGCUGACAACACGAUGAUAUCACCUGAGUUAAAUCUGCCCAAUGAGAAGAGUGAAGUGAUGGAGCUUGCGUGCCCUCUUUGUAGGGGCCAGGUGAAAGGUUGGACUGUUGUGGAACCUGCACGAGAAUACUUAAAUGCAAAAAAGAGGAACUGCAUGCAGGAUAACUGCACAUUUCUCGGAACUUACAAGGAGCUAAGAAAGCAUGUGAAGACAGAACACCCCUCUGCACGGCCUCGUGAUGUGGACCCAACACUAGAACAGAGAUGGAGGCGGCUCGAACAGGAGCGUGAAAGGGAUGAUGUGAUCAGUACUAUAAGGGCGACAAUGCCAGGGGCCAUGGUAUUUGGGGACUAUGUGAUAGAGGGAAACCAUUAUGGAUUAGAUGUAGAUGAGAGCAGCCUUGGUGCAGAUCGCCCAGAGAGGAACGGUGGUUUGGAAACGGGCUUCGACAGUAACCUAUUUAAUGUGUUUAUGCUUCUGCAUGCAUUUGGCCAGUCUGGGAAUGUUGAUCUGAGAAGAAGAUUAAGGCACCAAGAGAGGGCCUUGCAGCGAGCAUCUGACAGGAGUGCUCUUGGAGGCCGGCACACCACCACCCCUGUUGGUGGCUCUGAUGUUUCUGAUCAAGAGAAUGGAGAUGACAGUAAUGACGAUAAUGCCCAUGAUGCUAGCAUGUCGCUAGUGAGCCGCCUUCGUCGCCAUGGCAGAGUGCUAUUGGGACGGUCCAGUAGGAGGAGGAGGCGCAGAGAAGGCAAUGGAAAUCAAGAUAGAUGACUUGUUUCCUCAAGAAGGGAGAUCUUGAGAACAUUUGAUAUAUGUUUAGUCCUAGUCACUAGGAUGGGAAAAUAACAGAACACUCGAACGAUUUGUCUGAAAAGGGAAGUUGACUUGCCUUUCGCAAGAUGCAUGCAUUUCUUUUGCAUUUCAUGAUCUGUUCACAGAUUGGCUGCGAAUGGACAUCAGGAAAGAAGAAUGGCCUUCAUUCCUGUAGUCAUGUGACAUAUGCUGAAGAUUGCCGGAUGUACACAUGUAUUUUCUUUGAUAUCCUUUUGCAAUUUGUCAGCUGUUGUAUUGAAAACCUUUAUUCACAGUCAUGUGUACAUGUCAUUCAAAUUUGUUCCCGAUUGCGGAUUGGGAGGAAAGCAAAGCAGUGUUAUUUUUUUUA